CCGCGGGGAGGCUGCGGGUUGCGCGGCGGCGGCUGGCGGGGGAUGCGCUGAGCGCUGCCCACCGGCCCGGCCAUGUACGCGGGUCGCAGGCGGAGGAAGCCGGUGCCCCGGGCGGUGAGGCCGGGGCCGGCCGAAGGCGGCAGCUCCAAUCCUUCCAAGCGGCACCGGGAGCGGCUGAACCGGGAGCUGGAGCGGCUGGCCGGGCUGCUGCCCUUCCCCGAGGAGGUGGUGGCCGGGCUGGACAAGCUCUCGGUCCUGCGCCUCAGCGCCGGCUACCUCCGCGCCAAGAGCUUCUGCAGCGUUGCUCUAAAGAAUCAUGGUACCAAAGAGGCGGAGAAGGAUGGAGACUGCAGCAAUGGACCAGCUCCUGGCUCGGCAGCCGUACCAGAGGGUGAGCUGCUCCUACAGGCGCUCAACGGCUUCGUGCUGGUGGUGACGUCGGAAGGACUGAUAUUUUACUCCUCACAUACAAUUCAGGACUAUCUGGGAUUUCAUCAGACAGAUGUCAUGCACCAGAGCGUCUUUGAGCUGAUUCACACUGAGGACCAACAGGAAUUCAGGCGCAACCUUCACUGGGCCCUCAGCCCACCCCAUGUUCCUGAGGGUGAGCCUUCUGCAGAAGGGGGGAAGAGUCUCAGUUCUUCUGCUGUCGCCUACAAGCCAGAUCAGCUGCCCCCAGAAAACUCCUUCUUUCUGGAAAGGAGUUUUGUGUGCCGCUUUCGCUGCCUCCUGGAUAAUUCUUCCGGCUUCCUGGCUUUAAACCUUCAAGGCAGGCUGAAAUUCCUUCACGGGCAGAACAAAAGGUCUGAAGAUGGGUCUGCACUGCCACCCCAGCUCGCUCUCUUCGCUAUCUCCACCCCCUUGCAGCCCCCAUCCAUCCUGCAGAUCCGAACCAAGAACAUGAUCUUCAGGACAAAGCACAAGCUGGACUUCACCCCCUUGGCGUGUGAUGCCAAGGGGAAGAUUGUUUUGGGCUACACCGAGGCGGAGCUGCGGGUGUGUGGCACCGGCUACCAGUUCGUCCACGCUGCCGACAUGCUGUACUGUGCUGAGAACCACGUCAGGAUGAUGAAGACGGGUGAGAGUGGCCUGACGGUCUUCCGCCUGCUAACAAAGGAGAACCGCUGGAAGUGGGUGCAGGCCAACGCGCGGCUUGUCUACAAGAACGGCAAGCCUGAGUACAUCAUUGUCACGCAGAGACCCCUCGUAGAUGAAGAAGGAGGAGAGCACCUUCGGAAACGGUCCAUGCAUCUUCCCUUUACCUUUGCUACAGGAGAGGCGCUCUUAUACAAAAGUGCUUACUCUCUCCCAGGCUUCCCUGACCCUUUCCAGAGCAAAGGGAAAGCCAGCAAGUCCAAGAAGACCUUCCACAGCCACAGAGGAUGCUCCCAGAAGAAUGGUGUUGACCCGAGUUCUCUGCUGGGUGCCAUGAUGCAACAGGACAAGACAGUGUACGUCUCCCAUCCAGCUCCUGCACCUAACUGCUCCUUCAGCGGCAGUUUCAUGGACCACGUAGAGGAUGUGUCCGUGCUGGGUGCAGGAGGAGAUGCCUGGAAUAUGGGCACUGCUUCUAUUUCCUCAAGUGGGGACAGCCUCAAAGAGGAGCUGGUGGAUCUGCAGCAGGAGGACCCUCUCUUGGCCACCCUGGAUUCACUCUCAAUUAAGAGUGAUGAGAGCUGUUCCAACAACGAGCUCUUCAGUGCGCUGGAGGGCCUGGGGUUGAACGCCGAAGACCUGGAGCUCCUGCUGCUGGAUGAGAAAAUGGUGAUGGUCAAUAUGGACCCUGACCGCAGCCCAUCCCUGAACGACAGCCUCACCAGCAAUGAUAUUCUCUCCUACAUUCACGCCACUCUGGUGAACAAGCAUGACGGAGGACAACAGGUCUGUCUCCGGCCAGGCACAUCCCCAAGCACAUGUGGUGGCACCCCUAUGUACCAGGCCCACGUCAAGGAUGAGGUCUCGCAGUACCUGCCCCAGCAGGUGGUGCAGCCCAGCAUUGCCCCAGGCCAGCCCCCUGCUCUGCUGUGGGAACAGCCCCUCCACGCUGCACUGGGGCAGCUGCUCCCACUGCUGCCAGAGCCGACCGAGGAGGAAGAGCCGUCUGAUGGCUUGCAGUGGAGGCCAGAUGGGGAGGAAGGUCUGCUCCGUUUCCUCCAGCCAGCAUGGGGCACCCCGUGCGACAAGGUUCCUGGAUCACCCCCAGGAGUCCCUUGCCCACAGGAGCCACAUAGGGCUCAGCAGCUGAAAGGUGACUUGCUGGCAAUGCAUCCCACCCAAGAAGAUGCUCACCAGCCCUUCUCCCAGUGCCAGGGCUGCGUGCGACCACCUCGCCAGCCGAAACACCAUCACUUGCCAAUGAAUGGGUUGUGCAGCCACAGCCCUGACUCCACUCCACACCUUCUUCCUAGCAGCAGCCCCAGCCCAUGGCAGGACUAUGUUUCCCCACUCCUGGGGUCCCCAGCUCAGCCUGGUUUUUAUGUCACCAGCCAAGAUUUGAUCUCCCAGUACCAGGGCUGCAUGGAUCCAGGGCCCAGCAUGCCAACAGUGCGCUUUAACCUGAACAGAUUACGCAGCAUGGAAACUGUGGGCAGCAGGGCGGCCCAGGAAGAGAUGGCUCCAUACUCCAGCUUUUUCCCCUCCUCCUCAUACCAGCUUAAUCCCAAUAAGCAGCUGAGCCCUCUUCCCUCCAUGCCCCAGUACCCUUUUCCAAGCUCAGCUGUGGGGCCUUUUGGGAGCAUCGGCAAUCCGUUGGAGAUUCCCGAGAACUCCUAUGGGACAUUCGCCUCCACACUAAGCCAGGAGAGCAGGCACAGGCCCGAAAGCAGCUGUGUUUUGCCCAGCGCUCCCAUCGGACUCCCUGAAGACCGCCCAGUGCUGGGGGGGAGCCCGACUCUCCCCUGCCAGCCGCACUCCCAGGCAGAAGUGCUGCCAGAUUACCCUCAUGCCUCCAGCGGCAACUUCUGUCUCUAGGAGAGAAAGACUGAACUGGACAAAGUAGGACUAUUCCCUGGGGAAGGAGCUGCCUUCAAGUUGCAGAUAACAAACCUUUCCUCUGCCACGCGUAUCCUGCCAUUGCUCUUGAUGUUGGUUGCUUUGACUCACAUGGGUUUUUUGCUUUUUUAAUCUUUUUUUAUAAACUUCCCCCCAUCCUGCCCCUACCGAGGCUCCAUGUGCUGGUCCCAUGGAGGUGUCUCUGGCCUGGGGAGGGUGGCAGCCCUCACUGGGGCUGGAGGGCAGGUUCCCCCGGGGCACAGGAGCAAGCCAGGCUGCUGCCCAUCUUCAGGGAGCUGGCAAGGAAGGGCCAACACCGCCCGCCCACCGGGCUGGGAACUGUGCUGACGCUGCCACCACCAAGCCUGCCCCUGGGGCUGCCCCUGCCUGGCCCGUCAGUACAGUCCUAUACAGAAUCACAGAAUGGUUGGGGUUGGAAGGGACCUCUAGAGAUCAUCCAGUCCAACCCCCUGCCAGAGCAGGGUCACCCAGAGCAGGUGAUGCAGGAACGCAUCCAGGAGGGUUUGGAAUGUCUCCAGAGAUGGAGACUCCACCACCUCCCUGGGCAGCCUGUUCCAGUGCUCUGCCACCCUCAAAGGAAAGAAGUUCCUCCUCAUGUUUAGGUGGAACUUCCUUUGUUCAAGUUUGUGCCCGUUACCUGUUGUCCUGUCACUGGGCACCACCGAAAAGAGCCUGGCCCCAUCCUCCUGACACCCACCCUUUAAGUAUUUAUAAGUGUUGAUAAGAUCCCCCCUCAGUCAUCUUUUUUCCAGACUAAAAAAGACCCAAGUCCCUCAGCCUUUCAUCAUAAGAGAGAUGUUCCAGUCCCCUAAUCAUCUUGGUAGCCCUUUGCUGUCCUCUCUCCAGCAGUUCCCUGUCCUUGAACCAGGGACACCAGAACUGGACACAGUACUCCAGAUGCAGCCUUACCAGGGCAGAGCAGAGCGGGGAGGAUGACAUCCCUCCACCUGCUGGCCACGCUCUUCUUCAUGCAGCCCAGGAUGCCAUUGGCCGCCUUGGCCACAAGGGCACAUUGCUGGCUCAUGGUCAUCCUGUUGUCCACCAGGACUCCCAGGUCUCUUUCCACAGAGCUGCAAGUCCUGAACUCAGUCCUGUCUACUUGCUUUUCUUGCAAUGUCUAACACAAUUUACUCUUACCAAGUUUCAUUUUAUCCCCACACAUCUUAACCCACAUUCUUAACCACCUUCUAUAAUGCCUCUACUGCUUACUAAGGUCCUGUAGCAGUCAGAUACAAAACCAGAAACUAAGAUUAAAGACAUCUUUUUUAAGGCUGAAGAGCAAGAUUCAGCUGGCUUGAUUUAAGAAUAAACAAGAUUAAACACUGCCUACUGCAGUCAGUUGUAUGUGUGCAAUACCAUUCAAUAAUAAUUGCAUUUCAU